UUAUAUAAACAUGAGACACUCAAGUCAGUAUGUCGAUCUGUCACAAAUGGCGACCAGGAGAGAAGACUUGGAGUCACUCUCUUCUAACUUUUAUCUUUCUCUCGUCUAUCGUUACAGCAGUGAGCCCUGUGGAUGAAGAAAACGUUUAUCCAGAGAACAAGUCCGUUGAAACACUGAUGGAUGUGAACAAUGCACCAGAGGAUGAAAUCAGAAAGCGCCUUUGUCAGUUCGGCGUCCACUACAAUAUCGAAUCGAUCAUGGACGUCUUGAAACAUCCUGAUAAUCGCAAAGAGGAGACGGUGUACGUGCUGUUAGUCAAGUACGAGGAGACCAGGCAGAAGGCUCCGGUGUUUCUCCCAGAACCGAGGAACCGACAUCCGAUCAUCUCCAUCGAUGGAUUCUUCACUCACGGGAGGACCAAGAUCGCGAAGAUGGUGGCGACCGCUCUGUUCGGCAGGAGGAUCCUGAUGCCAACUAGACAUGUUGCCAGACUAAGGACAUACUUUGCCGAUCCUGCUAUCAAGAAGCACUACUAUUCCUUAUCUAAGUACAUGGGCGCGCACCUAGCCAUGUCGUACAGCCGCUCGGCACCGGUAGUGCUUGAAAGGUAUUGGCACGAUCAAGCAUCCUAUGUGAUGGCAAAGUCUUUCGAAGGCCUCAUCCCUGAGAACUCCAGCCUCUACGAAUUCCCUAAGGAUCUGCUGGUGCCUGAUGUCAUGUUCUUCGUGAACGGCGCACUCAACCAAAACAUCCAUAACGAGACCACUGCUGAGAAAUACGCCCACAAUGAUCUGGCUAACAAGUCAGAUCGCCACAGUAUAUAGAAGAAUGAGAAACCCUAGCCUGAUAGAGAUUGGACCUCCGGGCCUUCCUAAGCCAAUGGUAUGGAACAUCCUGAAGGUCAUAGACAAGAUCAAGUACCAGUUUCUGCCGAAGCCUGUACACAGACCCAUAUGGCGUAGCUGACAAUAUCACUUCAAAACUUUAGCAACAAAACUCCUCUUUUGUAGUUAAAGAAAAAUAAUAAAUACUUUUAUUUAUAGCAA